CAGAUUUGAGCUCAUCAGAGAUCUAUCAGAUUACGGUUGACAAAUGCGCUGGCGCACAUUAUCUGAACUGAUAUCGGUGACUGCCGAUAAUACAGCUGAGCCAUAUCGCAACCGAACGUCUACUCCGUCCACCACACACUCUCACUCACUAUGGAAGAAGUAAAGCGAUACACGCGCGCCGAGGUGGCGGUCAAUAACGGGAAGGGAGGAAAACCCGUGUGGCUGAUCUACAAGGAUAAGGUGUAUGACGUCACCAACUAUCUGGUAGAGCACCCUGGCGGUGACGCCGUGAUAAUGGAAGAGGCUGGCACGGACUGCACGGAGGCCUUCGACUCGGAACAUUCCAAGGAGGCUCUCACGCUGUUAAACAAGCACAAGAUCGGAGAGCUAGUUGAAGAGGAGAAACGCUACGACGAGAAUGGCAAAAAGAAGAAGCGAGUAAUCUCUGCAGCUCCAGAUGGUCCCUCCAGGAGUUGCAUGAGCAGGAUCACCUGUGGAUUAAUAGGAUAACAUACUACAUUAACUGACACCUUCGAUCAAAUAUGUAGCUACUAGACUAAAGGUAACGGCAAGAGAAAUAGCGGCAUAAAUAAACCGGUUACACUAUUUGUGUUUCGUGAGUUCUAACCGCUGCCAACCAACGCCUAUAUGCCUCCGUGUGCUUUAAAAAACUGCGAAACUAACCAUCGUAACAGGAAACCUUCAGCUGUCAUUCUUUUUCCACUCACGAGUCAGUCUCUAUUCGUUGAUACUUGAAAUAUUUAGUCGUUUAACAGAUAAACAUGCGAGGUCAUAAAGUCUCACGAAGCAACAGGUCUCAACUGCUAAAACUAAACGUUAACUGGCAGCAAUAAGGUUGACUUAGGCACGUGCUUUCCCCGAGUAGUGUGGUGGAAGGGUAAGAGAUAGGAUAUUAUAGACAUCAAAUUAUUUAACUUAAUUGACGUAGUCGCCUACUUUGGGUCACAUGAGGAAGAUCAUGGUCGGCCAGAGGGCUAUGGAAAGGGCUAUGCUCGGAUUUUCCCUGCGAAAUGGUUGCGAAGCUGAAGUGGCAGUGGGCAGGGCACAUAGCUCGAUGGACAGAUGGCCGUUGGAGCAGUAAAGUCCUCAAAUAGCUACCACGUAUCGGAAGACGCAGUGUUUGUAGGCUCCCACAAGGUGGACCAAUGAUCUGGUCAAAAUCGCCGGAAAAGGUUUUUUUUUAUGAAAAUAAGGGACGAGACGAGCAGGACGUUCAGCUGAUGGUAAUUGAUGCGCCCUUCCCAUUACAAUGCAGUGCCGCUCAGGAUUCUUGAAAAACCCCAAAAAUUCUGAGUGGCACUACAACUCCGCUCGUCUCCUUGAGACAUAAGAUGCUAAGUCUCAUUUGCCCAGUAAUUUCACUAGCUACGGCGCUCUUCAGACCGAAACACAGUAAUGCUUGCACAUUACUGCUUCACGGCAGAAAUAGGCGUCGUUGUGGUACCCAUAAUCUAGCCGGCAUCCUGUGCAAAGAAGCCUCCCACUGGUGGUUCGAUGGCGGCAGCGCAGGACCGAUCGUCAUGCAGAUCUUUGGGGAAGGCCUUUGUCCAGCAGUGGACGUCUUCCGGUUGAAAUGAAUGAAUGAAGAAAUUAUUUAUAAAAUAGUAAAUUACCACAUAAGUUGACGCAUGCUCUAUUCUUGUGAUAAAUUUAUAAUUUAUAUGAAAAGCUGAACGUAAUACAUAUUUGAUCGCAUAUUUUUUACACUUCAAAGUCAGAUAUAGUAAUUGAUAAUUGGCUGCCUAAGUGCUCGAAGUUAAGAUUGUUGGUAGACCAUUGUUGGUAUUAUGUUGUAGUGAACGAGUAUACAUUAGUGUGUGAACAAUAUCCUCAUACCAAUAACACACUUUCCCGCCCUCGCCUUCAAACCAUAAGUUAAUUUUCUUUUGUACCAGCAUAUAAACCUUAGUAGAUGUAAAUGUAUUUAAGUGAAAGAUCAUAAUCUCCACUGCGCUCCAACUAGAUACCGCAAUACCUAAGAACAAUAGCUUUUUUAUUACGGCAACUAUUAGAUGAUGGCUUUUUUAAAAUUAGGUAACAUGCGCUUGGUGUUAUUUUACAUUGAAAUUAAUAAAAUAAAAAAAAACUUACUGAUGAUAUGUGAUUCCAGUGUCUUUCUUAUUUCUUGUAAUAUUAUUUUUACUAUGUUUUACAAUGCAACCCGUCAUUUUAGUUUCAAUUAUUAACAAAGUUUAACUGAACAUGUGGCACGUCAACGUCACACAUUGUUAGAGACUGGCUCGAGUACGGCCACUUGGGCGUAGUAUUAGUUGCCGCACUUUGCGACAAUCCCUGCGGUAUCUAGUUGGAGCGCAGCGGAGACCAAUCCUAAGUCUAAUAUCAUAAUGCUAAUAUAAUUCUAAACGAUAUUCGUCACUAGCCACUGAAUGGGAAUGUUUAUAAAUAUUGUUGUAAAUAAAUAUAAUUUAGAUGUGCCUAAUAUUUGUAAUAAUGCUUUAAAAUAAUUGUAAUAUUUUUAUUUUGUAACUGUUUAAUAGAAAAUAUUAAAAUUUUAUUUACACAUGACGUUUUUAAAAGAAAUAAACGAAAUAAAGUUUU